GACCGCAGCGCUGUUAUCCUGGCCAUCCUGUCCGGGACCGAACGGCUGGCCGCUCGUGGCUGCGGCGAUUGCAGAUGUCCCGGUAUCGCGGUCCUCGUCGGACGUACUCGUUCCUAUUCUACCUCCACCGUUGGUGUUCAUAGCCGAGAGUUCAACACAGUCUCAACUCACAACAGCGGCGCCGUUUUCCGUCUAGUCGACAUUGCUUUCAAAAGGAAAAAAAAAAUACCAGUCAGUUUCCAAACGAUGGCCGACAAAACCAGAAAACGAAAAAAUAGUUCAGCAGAGUUUAAGUCUGCUGACAAGCCAUGUAGCAGUUACACAGACAAAAGUUUAUGUUCAUUGGCUGAUCCAAUAGAAGUAUGUCGCAAUGUAUCAGAAGAGCCGAAACUAACCGAUAAUCAAAGAACCAUUCCUCUACCAUGGAUUGAUGAAAAAUCAAUUAAUGAAUCUAAAACGGGAAAAAAGGAUGCUUAUAAAGCAUCUACGAGUGGUUGUCGCAAAAAAUAUGUCAAAAAGAAAAUAAAAAGAAUAAUAAUGUACAGUUCAACAGACGAAGACAGUGAUGAAAACUUUGAAAAAAAACCAAAUCCUAAACUGAAAAAAUCUUAUACUUCUAGACUUACACGUUCAAAAUUUGGUAAAGUUUUAAGUGGUAAUUCAAGUAAAAACAUUGACGAUGUCCAAAUUAAUUCUAGUAAUGUUAUUAAAAAAAGUUCAGUUGGUUGUAAAAUAGAAAAUUUGAACGAGUUAAAUUCUUCCAACGAAUCGGGUUAUUCACCUAAAUUUGCACACACAUUGUCUAACUCAACAGAAAUACUUUAUAACGACUCAGAAGACUUAAUGGUGGCUGAUAAUCAAAAUCCAAUUCCUUUGCCGUGGAUUAAUGAAGAAUCUAAAAAAAGCAACGACUUACAGAUUACAGAUGCUGUUUCUAGUUCUGACAAUUUAAAUAUGGUUGGUGUAGAUGCUGGUCCCAGUGACAUGUAUAAAGCGUCUACGAGUGGAUGUCAAAAUAAAUGUGUCAAAAAAAAGAAAAGAAGUAUUAUUAAGUAUAAAUCGAGCUCAACUGAAGAAGAAGAGAGCGAUGAUAAUUUUGAAAAAAAUAAAUUGUCGGAUCAUCCAACAUCUUACAUUCCCAGAGCUGCAGCAGUCAAAGCUACAGCCGCUAUUGCUAAACACAGUACAAAGCAUAAACGACUUAAGACGUGUGAACACGAAAUGGAAAGACGCCGUAAGAUAGUGAAAGAGUGUAACGGCUCAGAUGAAGAUGAAACCGAUUUGGAAGAUUACGGUAUACUUUUAAAUGAUGUAUUUAUCAAUAUCUAUUUAGAAGACGAGUUUCUUAUUGUCGAAGAUCGUUGUCUAGUGUACUUACCUGCUAAACCUACAGUAUACAAUAUUUUGUGUGAUUACGCUAAUAAAAAAUCUGCAGAUUUGGAUGUUUUGAAUAUUGUCUUGGACGCUUUUAAUCAAGCUUUAGCCAUGUGGUGUUUACGUCGUAUUGAGAAGUUACAGUAUCAAGAAAUGGUUGAAAGGUUUCCAGGUCGCCCCAUGUUUCACAUUUACGGUCUCCCACAUUUUGUCCGAUUUAUAUUGUGUCUGCCAAAAUUAUUUCGCAUGAUGGAAAAGGACUCGCCAAGAUUUAGGGGAUUCAUUAUCGAUUUCAUUAAAGGAUUUUUAGAAUUUAUUGCCGAAGAGAACUAUGUAGUAAACCGCGAUAAAGAUUACAUCAACGUGUUGCCCGAGUACUACAGGAUGACCUACUGUCCGAUUCGUAUAAAAAAAGAUAAACCUCAGCGUCGUUAAUUUCCGUUUAGGUUGGUGACAGAAAUGGAGUACGUGGUAAAAUGCAGCUGAAAAAGUGAUUGAAGACAGCAGUUUCAUCAAGCUUUGAAAACCAAAUUCCACUGUGAAAACUUGGGCACGUUUAAACGUUAAUUUGAUUUGAUUUUCCAAAUGCUUACCAAAACAAAAUUAUUCUUGAUUUUAAAGUUUUUAUGGGAAUAUAUCAAAUGAUAAUUGUGUCUGCCAAAAUUAUUUCGCAUAAUGGAAAAGGACUCGCCAAGAUUUAAGGGAUUUAUUAUCGAUUCAUAAAAGGAUUUUUAGAAUUUAUGGCUGCGGAGAACUAUGUAGUACACAGCGAUAGAGAUUACAUCAACAUGUUGACUGAGUAUUGCAGGAUGACCUACUGUGCGAUUUGUAUAAACCUCAGCGUCUUUAAUUUCUGUUUAGGUUUGCUGGAGACACCCCUGGAGAGCACCGAAGACUACUCGAAAAGUACAAACAUGUUCUACACGCAAUACUUUCAUAUUGUGAAUGAAACUUCUCCUCUGCUAGUAAAUGUGCUAUCGGCGGAACAGUUGCAAGCAUUUUAAGAAACACUUUGUUGACGACAAGCAAAACAAUCGAGUUUAGAAAUAACAAUACAUGGCUUUUGGAGAUGUCGAUCGUCGAGUGAAUCAGUUUACGGCAAAGGCAGAUAAUGAUGAACGGAACUUGAAACAGUGUUCGGAUUCUAUCUCCUUAAACAUUAUUUAUAUCAAUACUCCACUGUGCAGCGUUCGGAUUCUAUUAGUUUCGGAAGAAAACCGAUCAAAGAUAUCCUUUCACUUCUAGCGUCAUUUCAACAUUAUAUCGUUUCUAACUGCAGAAAUGGAGAAUGAUUUAUUUGAAUUCCUCUGCAUCAGAAACUGAAGAAACGGAAAAGGAGUCAAUGGACUUUGGAUUGAAUAUGGAUAUCGUAUGACUUCAUCGCCGGAGCCGUUUCACGUCUGCUGGAAUCGCCGUUGCACAGUGGUUCGAAUCGUUAACUAUCAUACAUAAAAUUAAUAUUUCAUAAAUAGAGAAAACUGGUCAAUGUUAUAUUCAAUCUCAAAACCUAGCAUAACAUAUUGACUUUGAGAGUGAGUGCAAACUCACGGAAACCCAAACAACCUUAACUUUGGUGUAACACAGUAUAAAAUUACAUAACCAUAUGUAUUGUGUUGACCUUAAGACUAUGGGAAACCCUUUCAAAUAGCCUUGCAAAGUUACCGUGCGCAUGCUUAUGUAAAAGUCAUCUAGUUUAAAUUUGUAUGUGUUGAAUUGCUUGUUGGUACAAAUUGCUGCCUGCGAUGUAUUUAGAAAUUAACACAAAAUAACUAAUACUAUUAAUGUUUUCAGGUUUUUUUUUAGCGUCGACUUGCUCUUAUUUUAUUUUAUUGUUUUGUGUCAUUAAACUAAUUUUAUCCCUUAAGCACCAAUGUAUACCGAUAGUAUA